CCCCGCCCCCGCCCCGCGGAGCCGCAGGCGGGGCCGCGUGUGUUCGAGCGGCCGCCGCGGUGGGCUCAGGCCCGGGGUCGCCUCCGCGCCGGGGUGUGGCUCCGGGUCGGGCUUCGAGUGCCGGGAGCCCCGCGCACUCCCCGCGCCGGGAGCGGCCUCCAGACGCGACCGCGCAGACGCGGAGAACUCGGCUGUCCCUCGUGCCGAAGGAGGGAGUGUUGAUGUCUGCGCCACGGUCACCUGCACAGCGGCGGCUGCAGGCGUCAGGGAGAACGCAGGUCUGCGGCCCCCGAGGGAGGGGACUGCCCUCUGUCCCCAGGUGUGGUCAGCAUGGGCCCCGUGGGCAAGCAGAACCCCUCAUCUCUGCCGGUCCCCACGGGAGGGUCCUGCCUCAUCCUCUUCUUCUGCCUGCGCCUGGGCGCGUCCUGCCCGCAGAGCUGCCAGUGCCCUGAGCACGCCGGGGCCCUGGCGGUCCACUGCAGCGCGAGGGGCCUGCAGGAGAUCCCCAAGGACAUCCCCACCAACGCUGUGCUUCUGAAGCUUGAUGCCAACCAGCUCAGCCACAUCCCUAACGGGGCCUUCCAGCACCUGCACCAGCUGAGGGAGCUGGACUUGUCCCAGAACAUCAUCGAGACCAUCAGCCCCGCCGCCUUCUCGGGCCUGGCCGGGGGCCUGCGGCUGCUGGACCUGUCCCGUAACCGCAUCCGCAGGAUUCCCAAGGACGCCCUGGGCAAGCUCAGCGCCAAGGUCCGCCUUUCCCACAACCCCCUGCACUGCGAGUGUGCGUUGCAGGAGGCCCUGUGGGAGCUCAAGCUGGACCCUGAGUCCGUGGACGAGAUCGCCUGCCACACGGCCGCGCAGGAGGAGUUCGUGGGGAAGCCGCUGAUCCAGGCUCUGGACUCCGGGGUCAGCUUCUGCGGCACCCACCACAAGACCACGGACGUGGCCAUGCUGGUCACCAUGUUCGGCUGGUUCACCAUGGUGAUCACCUACGUCGUGUACUACGUGCGCCAGAACCAGGAGGAUGCCAGGCGGCACCUGGAGUACCUGAAGUCCCUGCCCAGCGCCCCCGUGUCCAAGGACCCCACCGGCCCUGUGCCCUAGUGCCCGCUGGACAAAGCAGAGCAGCACCUACCUGUCCCGUGUCACUUCCGUAGCAGGUGACGGCUGACCCGCGCUCUUUGGACCCCGAGCGGUGGGUCCUCACAGCCCCCUCCCCCCCACAGAGCCCUCGCCUGCGUUGCACUGAAGUUACUGCGCCCCCCAUCAAGCCCAAAACAUGACCAUCGGGCCCUUGCAUGGGCCAGGAAGCCAGAGCUUGGAGAAGCGGUGUUGCCCACAGCCACAGUCAGGCAGUGACCCCGUAGGGACUUGAAACCAGGUCGUCUGUCAAUGACAUUCCAUGUCCCUUGCUCUCUGCCGGCCUCAUCCGUGUGGCGCCUGGAGGGUGUGAGUUGCACUCCCAGAAGCAAGGCUCCGGUCUACGCGCGUGAGGUCAGCCCGCAGACGGCAGGGUGUAGACUUCUCUGCGGAAGGCAGAACUGACUUAGCUUGUCCCCCGGGUAGUACUACCGGAACGCAUGUGACCGCAGAACUCUUUCCAGAGCAAAGUAGCAGACACCAGGUUUCUCUCGAGAGGACAGGAGGACAGCUGUUCGGCGUGUCCGGGCCGGUCAGCGGGACGUUGCCUUUCCUCCAGCAACGGGAAGUCUCUGCCUAGCUCCCGGCCCGCCUCCCCGCCUCCAUCCGUCUUCACCUCGGCCCCCCCGGAACCGCAGAGCUAACUCACACUCCCUCAGCCGUGCCCCUUGUCGUUCAGGGUACACGUUACCUGCACUUACGUAACGCGAGCCGUCUUUCUAGUUUUAUUUUUUGAUGUCUUUUGUAAGAGUACUUAUUUUUAAAUUGCUUCAGGUAUGUGGGGGGAGCGCGAAUAGGGAGGGAUUGCCUGAACUGAAGGUGCGCAGGUUCCAAGCCUCGGGAAGCUGAUGCUUAGAAGGAAUUACAGCAGAGGGUGGUUUGCACCUGGAGGGCGUCCCGUGACCUCAAGUGGGCCUUGAACGCAGAUCCCACCGUGCCACGAUUCGGAGAUCCAGACCGCACAGCUGACGCCUAGAGGCCCAUCCACACAAGGUCCUGAUUUUUCCAGUGAUGCCCCCCAAUACCUCCCACAGGCUAGCAGCCUGCUUCUGCGCCCACCGCCCAAGCCGGGGGUGCGGGGAUGGAAGGCGGGGCCUUAGCUCUGGGGCGGGGGCACCUGUCCUCCUGCCCGGAAGCUCACCAUUUCCUCUUACGCCGGAAUCAGCCCAGAGCCUGGGUUCCCCCCAAUGCAGGCUCUUCGUGGUGGAUGGGUGUAUGGGGAGUGUGGGGUGACGCUGCCCCUUUCCGAGGACCCCGGACACGCCAGGGCUGCCGGGCCCUCCUGGCCCUUCUGGGAUCACCCUUCACGGGGACGCAUCCCAGAGUGGACACCUCCUUCCAGGAAACCCCCCCAGGUCCCUAAACUCCAGGACCACGGAGCUCCUUCCUGGUCAUGGAGCUCACAGCCCUGGUUCCGGGGGGCCCUCUGCUCUCCCCUUUCCCCCUCCCUUUCUCUCCCCUUGAGGGACGCCUCAGGACGACACCCCAGCUGGGCCCAGCCCCUUCCUUGCUGCCCCGUGUGGGCGCAUAUCCCUGGAUGCCCCCAUGGGCCCCACAGCAGACUCAGCCUGCACCCCGGCCCUGAAAUCUGUAGAGACUGGUGGGGGGGUGGGGGCGGUCAACCUGGCCUCAUGGACAGAAUCAGUGUUGACGGUGUCAGGUAUGGGACAAAGAGGGUUCCUGUCCGUCGGGGUGGGGGCUCACAGCCCUAUGGGACAUGGGUGGCCCCUGACUCUCACUGUGAUCUGAAUGGGGACUCUCAGAGCACUUUAUACAGAGACACAGCCUGGGCUGCUGAGCGCCCUGGCCACGGGAGGUAACGCUUCACAGGUCAGGGGUCAGGGCAGGGUGACUUUGGGGCUCCCCAUGGGGCAGAGAGCUGGAACAGCCACCCCUGCUUGGGGGGUGACAGGACCUCCCUUCCUUCCCAUGGGGGUCGGUGGUGGCACUCUGGCUUCGAGGGAGACCUCAGGGCCAGCGUGGGGAAGAGGGCCAGGGAGGGGCUGGUAGAACCCGGUGGGGGCCUGGUCGCCCAGCCCAGCUGGUCUGGUUGGGCUGCUCCCUCGGUCCCCAGUCUCUCCACUGGUGCUCCUGGUAUCAAGAGUCCCACCCCAGACCCUGACCCUGACCCUGACCCUGACCCUAGGAGGGUGCCUCCUGGCACCCCAGCCUCCCUCCUCUUCGGGUUUUGGGGUCACUCCCACGGGUGGCCCAGUGUAAGGGAUGGGCCAUCCUGGCACUCAGGGGCUCUCCGUGCUGGGUGGGGGGGCGGCUCCCAGCUCUGCUCCUGAAGCCCUUCCCAGGCCACUCCCGGGAACUGCUUGCGGGCUGUAGGAGGCAGGACUAGGGGCGCUGGCCCCUGUGGACAUGGAACAGCUUCCCUUGUUCACCCUGCCCUACAGCCUGGGACCCAGGGGCCACCUCCCCCCGCGGGGCCACCCGUCCCCAGCUUGGCCUGUAGCGGGGCAGGGGGGACAGUUUUAAAGUGGAUGUGAGUUUGAGGAAGUCUGGCCUGCAUGUGUUUCCUAAUGGACAGCGGCUGCGGGUAGGAGACGAGGGAGUCCGGUGGUUAAAGGGAGGGUCAGCCACAGGCGCAGCCCAGGGGUGGCUAGCAUUCCCACGAGGGUCUAAGGCCUGUGUGCAGGGGGGCUGGAGUGGGGCUGGGCCGAACUGCAGAGCUCUGCCCAGGGCCAGGAGAAGGCCAUCUGCAAAGUCAAGCCAGGGUGCGAGGUGCGCUCUCCUGAGAGUUCUGAGCAGCACAGCGGGGCCCUGGCCACAGGCACUGGGAGCCCCUUGGUGGGCCGUGCACCGGCCCUGCCUGCCUGGCUGGCUGGUUGGCUCCCCGGCUCUGGCAGUGCGCUCCGCACGACGCAUGAUCCUGGACGGGUCCCCUGGGGAGGAGGCGGGGCUGCUCGGGCAGUCCCCGGCAGAGAUGGACCGUCCUGGAGUGGUGGGAGCUCCCAGCGCAAGCAGGAGCCUGGCGUGGUUUCUGGAGCCAUCUUCCCGGAAGCUGGGUCUCAGGUCUGACCCACUGUCCUCCCCCUGCCCCUGAACUCUCAGUAAACCUCGCUGUGCUUAA